UACUCAGUCUUAAAAAAAAAGGGGAGAUUUCUGAAAUGACAUGCAAUCGGACACUUCGUGCGGCCCUGAGUCUGAGUGAGUCGUGUUUCGUGGAUGCAAGGGUCGGGCGUGACUUUGUUGCCAACUCUGGGCCUUAGCUGAAACCCUGGGUAGGCUGACAGGACUAUACCCCGGGUGACUAGACCGUGCCGCUGGGGGCUGUUGUAGGUGCAGGUACCUUGGUGACCGUAUAUAAGCCAUCCCCGACCGCUGUGUUAGUGAUUUGGUGAGACUCUGGUCUUGGCAUCUUGGCAGCAUCACGAGCAAUCCAACAAUUGCAAAAUUCGUGACGACAUACAUCCAUGACCAUGGCCUCCUCCGCGUGCCUGACACGUCCCAAGACGCCUCCACCGCUGAACAUCCCGUCCUCGUCCGCGACGGUGACGGUGAAGGUGAUCGACUCAACGACGUCGCUGUUCCUCGACCCGCCCUUGUUCUGGCGCCCGGCGAUGAAAGGGUUCGACGGAAUCCACGUGCCCAUCUACUGCUUCCUCGUCUCGCACGGCGACCGCCACGUGCUGUUCGACCUGGGCGUCCGGCGCGACUGGGACAACUACGCCCCCAAGACGGUCGACCUGAUCCGCCGCACAACGCAAUGCCACGCUGAGAAGAACGUGUCCGAGAUCCUGGACGCGCACGCCAAUGCCGUCGACACCGACGCCGCCGCCGCCGCCGCCGCCGCCGCGGUCCGCAGCACCGACAUCGAGGCCGUCAUCUGGUCGCACCACCACUUCGACCACAUCGGCGACCCGUCCACCUUCCCGGCGUCGACGGCGCUCGUCGUCGGACCGGGCGUGCCGGAGGUGUGCUGGCCGGGAUACCCGCGCAAUCCGGAGGCCAUGGUACUCGACGCCGACAUUGCGGGGCGCGAGGUGCGCGAGAUUGACUUCUCGGCGCACCCGCUGCGAGUCGGCCGCUUCGACGCCUUUGACUACUUUGGCGACGGGUCCUUCUACCUGCUCGACGCGCCGGGCCAUAGCGUUGGCCACAUCACGGCGCUGGCGCGCGUGACAGCAGGAGACGGCGAGGACUCGUUCGUCUUCAUGGGCGCCGACGCUUGUCACCACCCGGGGGUGCUGCGACCGAGUGCGUACCUGCCGCUGCCGGUGCAAAUGGAAUUGGACAUGGCGCAGAAGCAACCGACAGCGGCGGCGACCGCGAGUAGCCGCAGCGGCGUCUGCGCGUGUCCGGGCGAGGCGUUUCAGCGUGUGCAGCGCAACGGCGACGCGGCCGAGCCCUUCUUCGUGGUGUCGCCGGUGCUGUUCCCAGACCGGCCGGCGGCCAUGGAGACAGUGCGCAAGAUUGCCGAGAUGGACGCGGCGGACAAUGUGUUUGUGAUUUUGGCUCACGACGAGUCGAUUCUCGGCCGCAUCGACCUGUUUCCGCGCGAAAUCAAUGGGUGGCGGGCAAGAGGGCUGGGGUCCGAGACCAGGUGGCUGUUCUGCAAAGAUUUUGGGGGCGCGAUCGACGUGCAAGAGUAGGGCCGGGGCCCGAAUUGGGAAGAUUGAAGGUGGAGAGGUUCAUGCAGGUGGAGGCGU